AUGAAUAUACCUAAUGAAUACAUUUCGAACGCAGAGGACGUCGCUGAUACCGUCAUAAGGAAAUUAAAAUACAUAUUACCGACGUUAGCUAGAGUAUGUCUUAUAUCAACAUUUUUAGAAGACGGUCUUCGAAUGUGGUUUCAAUGGACGGAGCAGCGGGAAUAUAUGGACAUGUCGUGGGGUUGCGGUAAAUUUCUUGCCACUGUUUUCGUUAUUAUUAAUUUAAUAGGACAACUCGGAGGAUGCGUUAUGGUCAUCGUACGUUACAGGGUGAACAUAGCCUGUGGGGUGCUAUUUUUCAUUGUUGUACUACAGACGUUCGCCUACAGCAUACUUUGGGACGUGCAAUUCUUGUUCAGGAAUCUGGCGCUUAUCGGGGCCCUGUUGCUCGUCCUAGCCGAAAGCAGGGGCGAAGCGAAGAGUUUGUUCGCGGGAGUUCCAUCGUUGGGAGACAACAAACCGAAGAAUUACCUGCAAUUGACUGGUAGAGUGUUGCUGGCUUUCAUGUUCAUCACUCUCAUACGAUUCGAGUUUAGCUUUUUGCAGAUUACUUUGGAUCUACUCGGUUCUUCGUUGAUGGUGUUGGUGACUAUCGGAUACAAAACUAAAUUGUCCGCGUUGAUUCUUGUAUUGUUACUCACCACGUUGAAUUUCUAUCACAACGCUUGGUGGUAUAUUCCCGAUUACAAGCCGUUAAGGGACUUCCUUAAAUACGACUUCUUCCAGACUUUAUCUGUAAUUGGUGGGCUUCUGAUGAUAGUCUACUUGGGCCCCGGUGGUGUCUCGAUGGAUGAGCACAAGAAAAGGUGGUAA